UGACCAUCUAUCUAAGUACGGUGAACCUGAUUAGGUGAAGAGUUGUGGAAUGACUUUCAAACUACAUAUCAAGUACCAACCAACAGUAGGGCGCCAAGGUUCUGUUGACAAAAAAGCUAAGCAAUCUCCGGUCCCGCCGGCAACCCACUAUGACUUGUACUGUAACCUCCAGAUGAACACACACAGCAUUUCUCUCCAUUGCAAACUCAACGUGCUCAGACUAGUCUCUUCACCACAGUACGCAGAAACCCGCGUAUAAGCCAUAUCGACAGGAAAGUUACCGCUAUGAUAACCUCAACGGGAAACAUUCAGAGUCCUAUCACAUUGCUCCCUCAGGAGCUCUUGGAUAGGUCUAUUGAUUUCCUGCACAAUGACAAGCCGUCGCUUUUCAACUGCAUGCUGGUGUCACGUCGAUGGGUCGAUGCCAGCCAGUAUCACUUGUACGAUACCAAGAAGAUUCUCCUGGUAAAGGAUUCCAAUGCCAAGCGCGUAGCUGCAUUCAAAGAAUACCUCGAGGAUACGCCCCAUGUACGACAUCUGAUCAGGACAUUCUCGAUUAUCCGAGCCACCGGACGUCGACGGUGUCUCGUUGAACUCAUCGAACUACUUUCCAUUCUAAAGAACCUCCCCAGACUUGAAUCCUUCUUUCUUGACGGCAUCGAGCUGACAACUGUAAACCAUUUUGCAUAUGUUGCCAUGGCCACCCCGCUAUUUGGCAUAUUUCGACUCAGAAUACUCGCAUUGAAUGACGUAGCGGGUCGGGAAAGUAGAGCGACCAUACAUGGCGCUUUCAUGAUCGACUUCCUUGGCCUUUUCUCCGAGAUUCAGACCUUGAAGCUCGUCUCGUCAUAUUCUCAAUCUGUCUGGACAGAGAUGGCAGAUUGUCCUUCACUCACCCAUUUGCAAAAGAAGACUCGAGUUUCGCACCUCCAAACGUGGCUCAUGUGCAGAUUUGCUGUCGGUCCGAUGGUGCUACCCAAAGCCAUCAACGUGAAUAGUAUCAAGUACUACUCAUUAAAAGUAUUGUAUCCACAGCAGCUCCAGAACCUCGGCGCAUUCCUACGGAAUCCCAGCUUGAACAUCACAUACCUAGAUAUUGACAUAAAAGACUACAUAAACUGGGGGAGCCACAUGGGUUUGAUCAUUUCACAUUGUUACCGGCUUUCAGACAUAUCUGACAAUCAAUUUUAUAUCACACCUAGUAACCUCUGAAUCCUGGAGUGCGCUUACUUCGUGUCCUUCCAUACGGUAUUUCGUGGUGCAUUGGAAGGAGUUUGGCUCGGACGUGGGUCCAUCAGAUGCGGAACAAUCGACGGCCCUUAGAUCAUUGUUGUCCGGUUUCGCGCCCAGCUCGUUGACGAGCCUCACAUUCUGCAGACACGGACAGCCGCCCACAGAGCGAACAGAGGGUGCACCGAAAUACAAGGGCGACCGUUCGGGUCCGCUUGCUAGGCAAUCAGAUACGUUGAAAAACCUCUCAGUGCAAUUCUAUCAGCGCCGAAAUGCUCGGGUGGCAUCUAGGAAUCAGAUAACAGGGGAGACACGUUUACUGGUGCAGGAUUGGUUAGGGAGCCUGGGAUGGCUCUCCGGGUUUGAAAUGCGUUUCGCCGAGAGCUGUUCUCGUGAUGUGCAAGAUGGUCUGAGGAUGUAUAACCGUCGGGCAAACGUUCCUCGUGUAUAGAUUUUGAGGUAAACAAAUGCUGUCACUGGGGAUGUCGUGGACAUUUUAACUCAUGAAGCGUACAUCAUGAGUCAUCAGGGAGAAAAGACAGUUCAGGAGGAGGUCGCAAUCCGAAAACACCCAAUGGUAAUCAUGGGGACUACAGACCAUCCUCAAUAAGUCCUUGCGUUGCAAUCUCCAUAGGAUUCGUUGUGAGCGGCUUAUCAAAGUUUUUCUGGUAUACUCAUCUGUCUCAGAAUAAAACUGAGUUGUACCAUUACAAUACCGUCUCGUUUACGACAUCUAUCUCGACUACGAACUCAACCUGUUACUCGUUGUUUGCCGUAGGUCUAAAUUUGAACAUGCACCUGAUAAUCGUGUCCUUUUCCUCAGCUCUCAUAUUAAUCUGUGUAAGGGUCCGAGUGGUGACACCUGUAUUCAUGGGACUCGAAUCAACCUUCCGAAGAUGUACAUGCACCCUUGGCGUGGUGAGUCUUCCAUUCCAGAUGCUUGAGCACGUCGCUGCCGCGGGGAUUAGAUCGAGAUAC